GGUAAUACCUUUGCAUUAUGACUUUCAUUGCUGCUUGUCCUAGAACGGGCCCGCCUUAAACUUUGUAUACUGUAUUUAUAUCGGGAUAUAUUUCAGAUAGUGAUUUAACGCAUGCACUUUGUUUCAAUAUCACAAAAUUAGGACCGCAUACCUUGCAAAUAGCACUCUCCCUUUUAAAUUGUUUUUAAAUACACGUGUGACCUUGUUUUUCGUCAUAUUUCUCAUGGUUUCCCACACCUGUGAACCUUCCCCUUUCUUUUUUUCUUUCGACAUCCACAAUGUCACAGCAAAAAUGCCUAAUGAACAUGUUAAAGACUGCUACACCAUUGAUAUUAAGACGAAGAAUGCUUGCCUAUUCCCCUUGCGUCCGCAGCAUACCCUUCACAAAAAGAGGCAUUCAAACUGACACGAAGGUCAGGGAGACUGAAGCAGUAUCUUUUACGCCACUGAAGAAUAACUAUAAGAAGGUUUGCGAGAAAUUCCCCCAAUUAAAGAGCAAUGUCCAAGCUGACCCUUUAUUUCUUUCUUCUUUUUUUUUUAACCAGACUUUUAAAAAGUUACUGGUUGCCAACCGAGGAGAAAUUGCUUGCCGAAUCAUCAAGACAGCAAAGAAAAUGGGAAUCAAAACCGUAGCAGUAUACAGUGAUUUGGAUGCCAAUGCGCUUCAUGUUCAAUUAGCCGAUGAGUCUGUUCAUUUGGGAGCAGCCACAGCAUCAGAAUCGUAUCUUUCAAUACCCCGCAUUAUGGCGGCUGUACAACAAUCAGGCGCCGAAGCGGUUCAUCCGGGGUACGGAUUUUUGAGUGAAAAUCCCACGUUUGUAAAAGUCUUGGAACAAAACAACGUGAAAUUCGUUGGUCCUAAAGCUUCUGCCAUUGCUGCUAUGGGUGAUAAGAUCCAGAGCAAACUUAUUGCUAAAGAGAGUGGUGUGAACUGUAUUCCUGGGUUUGAUGGAGAGGUCAAUACAGCGGACGAAGCUAUUAAAAUCGCAAACGAUAUUGGAUAUCCUAUUAUGAUUAAAGCGAGUGCAGGAGGAGGAGGAAAGGGAAUGAGAAUUGCAUGGAACGAUAACGAAUUGAGAGACGGAUUUAAAUUAGCGAAACAAGAAUCUAAAUCAUCGUUUGGUGAUGAUCGUAUGUUAAUUGAAAAAUACAUCAACAACCCCAGACAUAUUGAAAUUCAAGUAUUGGGUGAUAAUUUUGGAAACGUUGUUUAUUUACCAGAACGAGAGUGUUCUAUUCAAAGAAGAAAUCAAAAAGUGAUUGAAGAGUCGCCAAGUGUUCAUGUUGAUGAAAUCACAAGAAAAAAAAUGGGUGAGCAAGCAGUUGCAUUGGCCAAGCAUGUCGGAUACAAUUCAGCUGGAACAGUUGAAUUUUUAGUAGACGAAUCCAAGAAUUUCUAUUUUUUGGAAAUGAAUACUCGCUUACAAGUGGAGCAUCCUAUUACAGAAUACGUUACUGGAUUAGAUUUGGUCGAGCAAAUGCUUUAUUCGGCCUCAAACCAUCCAUUGGAUGUGAAACAGCAUGAUAUUAAGAUAAAUGGUUGGGCUUGUGAAUCCCGUGUAUAUGCAGAGGACCCCGAAAAGUACCUUCCUUCAGUUGGUAGAUUAUUGACUUAUCAAGAGCCACUGAUGAUUGAAAAUAAAGUAAGGUGUGACUCUGGAUUUAUUGAAGGUUCUGAAAUGUAUGUAGAAUAUGAUCCAUUGAUCUGUAAAUUAGCAACACAUGGUAAGACCAGAAAGGAAGCCAUUGGACUGAUGAUGCAUGCAUUGGAUGAAUAUGUGAUUAAAGGCGUAACACAUAAUAUACCCUUAUUAAGAGCUGUGUUUGCUCAUCCUAGGUUUCAAGAUGGUAAACAAAUCACAACCCAUUUUUUGGCCGAGGAAUAUCCCAAAGGAUUUCAGACUGAGCAUUUAAUGGGUGAGGCGCUUCAGCAGCUGGCUGCUGUUAGUGGUGCAAUUUGGAUCAAAAGGGAGAAUAGAAAUUGGCAAGGAAAAAAUAAAAUCGUAUCUGAGCAUCAAAAUAUUUGGGUUCAAAUCACUGAUGAACAAAGCCAAAAAAUCACUGACACCAAAAUUACCAUCAAACAUAAACAUGGAUCUGAAUUUGAAGCUUCCUCAGAUUCUACGGAUAAAUUCAAUUUCUCUACAGAAUGGCCCUUGGAUGGAUUGUUGGCACAUUCAUUAUUUGAAAAACAACUUAAAAAGAGUCUCGUCAUUCAAUAUCUUGAUCCACUUGACUUGGGAUUUAGAAUUCAAUACCAUGGCAGCAAGUACAAAAUCAACAUUAUGAAUGAUCAGCAAUACGAUCUAUCGAAGCAUAUAAAGACAAAAUCUGUUGAAUACCAAAGCAAAAUUGUGUCGAGUCCAAUGCCUGGAAGAAUUAUAAGUAUUGCUGUAAAUGAAGGGGAAGAAGUGUCGGAAGGAACAGAACUAGUUGUUGUGGAAGCAAUGAAGAUGCAAAACAUUCUUAGGACGCCUCGUAUUGGUACAAUCAAGAAAAUUCAUGUGCAACCCGGGAAUACAGUCAAAACAGGCCAGAUCUUGAUUGAAUUUAAUGAUUCCACAGCAAAUAUGAAAUUCGGACACACGCUUAGAACUUCUUUAAAUCCUGACUGGACAUUUCAUUAUGUUGCUUACGAAGACUUGAAAGCAAUUUUAAAAAAGGAAGCACUUAAUGGUGUUUGGUCUGAAGAUAGCGAGAGUAAAUUUAUUCAACUUUUGGAAAAGGAACUUGAUAAAGUCUUUUCUUUCCAGCGCGUUAAACUCGGUGAAAUCAAUCGUCGUAUCCAAAUCGAAACUCGCGAAGUUGAUAUUCUUUGUCAGUCCGAAAAUCCCGAAGAAGACGAAUUUACAGCCUCUGAAAUUGAAUUGGGCCAUAUUAUUGCUGAUGUCCAUGAUUUGGCAAAAUUUACAAGAUUGAAUUACACUGGUUUCUUGAAAAUUAUCAAAAAGCAUGAUAAAAUGACAGGAUGGCCUUUGAAGCCCAUGUUUGGUGUUCGUUUAAAUGCCAAACCUUUUUAUAAGGAGAACUAUGAUGAUCUGAUUAUUCGUAUUUCAACCUUGUAUGAUCGUGUACGUACUCGUGGUAAAGAAAGAGGCGGUGAUGCAUCUGCUGGUGGUAAGCAAGCUGCAUUUGUUAGAAACACAACAAAAUAUUGGGUUCAUCCUGAUAAUAUCACUGAACUCAAACUGGUAAUUCUUAAGCAUUUACCUGUUCUCGUUUUUAAUCCAAAUAAGGAAUUCGAAGCUCAAGAUUCAGCCAUCACUAGUGUUUAUUAUGACAAUGAUGAUUUUGAGUUAUAUAUGGGUAGAUUAGAAAAAAGCGAAGGGGCAGAAGCCAUCCGUAUGCGAUGGUAUGGUGGUAUGGAUUCAAAUACCGUAUUUGUGGAACGUAAAACGCAUCACGAAGAUUGGACGGGUGAAAAGUCCGUCAAGGCACGUUUUCCAAUUAAAGAAAAAUACCUCAAUCAAUUCCUUGAUGGCACAUAUACCACAGAUGAGUUAUUUCAAAAGACUAGAGAACAAGGUCGCAAAUCAGAAAAGGAGAUUGCAGAAUUAGAGCAGUUGGCGAGUGAAGUACAGUACACAACAUUAACAAAGAGACUUCAUCCUAUGAUGCGUACUUUCUAUAAUCGUACUGCUUUCCAAUUACCAGGUGAUGCUCGUGUCCGUAUUAGUUUAGAUACAGAAUUGUCUCUUAUUCGUGAAGACAAUGGAGGUAAACCAAGAUCUGCUGAAAACUGGCGCCGUAUGGAUAUCGGUGUUGAUUACCCUUUCAAACAAUUACCUGAAAGCGAUAUUUGCCGUUUCCCCUAUGCUGUACUUGAAGUAAAGCUUCAAACCCAUGUUGGACAGGAGCCCCCUCAAUGGGUGCUUGAGUUGGUCAACUCUCACUUGGUUGAAUCAGUACCCAAAUUCUCCAAGUUCAUUCAUGGUUGUGCUACCUUGCUGGAGGAUAACAUCAAUGUUUUACCUUUCUGGUUGCCUCAAAUGGAAGUAGAUAUCAGAAAGCCUCGCAACAAGGUGUUUGGUGUGUCUCGUCCUGAUGCUCUUUCCAGCAGUUCAGUUUCAGGUAGUAGUGGCAGCGCAUAUGAUGGUUCAAAAUUAACUACAGAUGAGCAUGUUCAAAUUACGAUGCGUGAUGCUACUGAAUCAACGCCUUUACUUAUUGGUGAUGGCAAUUUCCAUACCCCUACUCGUGAUCGUGAUAUCGAAGGUGGCGGGUUAAUAAAGCAGUUAUCUCCAGCUGGGUUAAAAAACUUAUUCAAGAAAUCAAAGACCAUAUUUAUUAGAAAAGAGGCUACCACAACUACCUCCCGUGGUCGUCCUAUUCCUUCCAAGGCACCUCCAGCAAAGACAUUUUUUGCUAAUGAACGUACAUUCUUACAUUGGUUAAAGUUCACUUUGUUGUUAGGCGCUUUAGCGAUUGGUCUCUUAAACUUUUCCGACAAAGUAGGUCGUAUUUCAGCAGUCAUCUUUACAUUUUUAUCCAUGUCUGUUAUGAUUUACGCCCUAUAUAAAUAUCACGAUCGUGCUGACCGUGUUGAGAGAAAUGAGCUUGGUGAUUUUUCUGACAAGUAUGGACCUGCUGUAAUGACUCUAUUUUUGGUUAUUGCGAUUGCUAUUAAUAUGUUCCUUCGUUUGGCCAUGGAUGACACAGAAUGGCCCAUGUAAUCUCGUUUGUAUUUUGUAAUAAUUCAUUUGUAAAGAGACACAAAAUAUCCCCACCUAAAAUAAAGACUUCACAGAACCAAGGACACAUUAUUCCCCUAUUUUACAUAUUAAAAGCACGCAUUUAUUCAUUAUAG